AUGUCUGCUUCGGCAGCGCAAAUCGUCAGCAGUAGGCGGCCCGAUGCCCCGCCGGCGGCUUCCCCGGCGGCGGCUUCCGCGCUGGCGGCUUCCCCCGGAGUGCAGUUUCCGCCGGCGGCGCAGCCGGAGGUGAUGCGCGCCGCGGAGAAGGACGAGCUGUACGCGGCGUCGCUGGGCGACAUGUGUCACGACGCCAUUGGCUCGCAGCUCGGCCACCGCGUCGCGGGCCAAUGGGGCGGCCCGAUUCGCGUGGCGGCGCGGUGUCUUUAUUACCUCGUGACCACCGGUGUCGGCAGCAGGACUCUAGGGGAUGAGUAUUGCGACAUACUGCAGGUAUUCCUCCCUCCCCUUGGUAAUGAGUGUCCUGGUAGUAUCGCGCCGCCUCUCGCUCGUGCUGCUGCACUGCACGCCCUGCUCCCUGCCUUUGCAGCUCACAUCAGCGCCCGCGCUGCUGCCCCUUUGCACGCCCAUCCCCCAAUUCUCAGGUCUUUUGAGGCGCCUCAAAAGGCGCUGCUGCCCCUUUGCACGCCCAUCCCCCCAUUCUCAGCGUAUCGCCUCUCCCUGGUGCUGUUACAUUCACUCCUCCCGGCUGCAGCAGAUCACAAUAGCGCCCCUGCAGCCCCUUUCCACCCCCGUCCCACUCUCCCAGGUAUCAGGAGGCUACAAUCUCCCCCCUACACUACACCAGCUCGCAGCCUCUCCCUCGUGCUGCUGCACUCGCUCCUCCCAGCUGUAGCGGCUCACAUCAGCGCCAAUCUCUCCCCUUUCCACCCCCGUCCCACUCUCCCAGGCGGCUACAACCUUCCCCCCACGCCAGCGCGUCGCCUCUUCCUCGUGCUACUGCAUGCCCUCCUCCCGGCUGUAGCGGCUCACAUCAGCGCCCGCGCUGCUGCCCGGGGAAGGGCGCUCGCAGCAGCAGGGGAAGGGGGAGAAGCAGCAAGCGAGGGGAGAGCAGUGGAAGGGGCAGCAGGGGAGGGGGGAGCAGCAGCAGGAGAGGGGGGAGCAAGGGAUGGGGGAGCAGUGGAGGGCGGAGCAGUGCAGAGAGGGAGAGGGGUGACAGCAGGGACCUGGGGGAGAGAGGGAGGCGCAAUAGAGGGAGGCGGUGUGGACGCAGCAAGUGUGAGCGUUGGGAGGGGGUUGGGAUGGGUGGCAGCUGCGGCGGCAGGGUGGCACUGGGUGGGCCGUGCGAGGGAGCGAGUGAGGGAGAGAGUGAGGGAGAGAGUGAGGGAGACGGGGAGGAGGGCGCUGGUGGUGUGGGCGGGGGUGGCAGCGCGAGGGGGGGAUGUGUUGAUGCUGCUGGGGAGGCCGCAUCUGCUGUUUUUCUACUGGCACGGGGCAUACUUGCACAUAGCAAAGCGAGUGACAGGGGUCCGAUACAUUUACACGGCACAACCACCUGCCUACUCUCCCAGGUAUCACAUGCUCGCUUUCUUCCUCUUCAUCCAGCUCACCAUUCUCUCCUCUGAUUGGCUGCGCCGUUCCCUGCUGCAACACAGACCCCUGGCGCAUGCCUUACCAUUGCCAACCACAGGCAUGUUCUUUGUGCCUUGCUGCCACCCCUCCUUCUCCCCACCUGCUCUGCUCCCCACCUGCUCCCCACCUGCUCCCCACCUGCUCCCCACCUGCUCCGCACCUGCUCCCCACCUGCUCCACCUCACAUCUCCUGGUCACAUCUCCUCCUGGUAUGCUCAACGCUUCUCGUCUUCUCUUCUUCUUCCCCACCUAUCCUCAGCCCCACAGGCAGCCUCCGAUGCUCCACCUGAGUCCAGCAAGGGGUGGGGCGCAGAGGCAGAGGCGUCUCAAGAGUCUCAAGAGGGUGAAGCAGAGGGGGAGGCAGGGAGUGAGGCCAGUGGUCGGCAGCAGCCAAUGCUCCACCUGAGUCCAGCAAGGGGUGGGGCGCAGAGGCAGAGGCGUCUCAAGAGGCUCAAGAGGGUGAAGCGGAGGGGGAGGCAGGGAGUGAGGCCAGUGGUCGGUGCUCGCUGUGUCUGGCUGCUCGCUCCCACCCCACCUGUUGCCCCUGCGGUCACAUCUUCUGCUGGUAUGCUUAAUGCCCUACUCCUGUCCUUCUGCCUCCCUCUCCUUCCUCACUCCUCCUCACCCACCCACCCCACCUGCUGCCCCUGCGGCCACAUAUUCUGCUGGUACGCCCAACAUACCCUCCUGCUCGCCUUCCUCUCUCGCUCCUCCCUCACUCAUCCCUCUCCUUCUCCCUCGCUCCUCCCGCACUCCGCCCUCUCCUUCUCCCUCACUCUUCCCUCACUCCUCCCUGGCACCUCUCUCACUCCCCCCUGA